GAUAGCUCGGAAAUCGGAAUUCUUUGUUACUUUUUUGUUUAUCAUUCUAACAAAUAGCGGGAAAAUUGUGAAGCUAUGUGAUUAAAGUUCAUUACAUUAUGUUUUAUUACUUGCAUCACGUUACAAAUUAUUUCACUCUUUUAUCAUAUUCAUUGACAUCUGUUAAUAGAUGCGGGGAGAGAGUCGGAAGGAGGUAAGUUCCAUGAGCAGUACGAAAAGCACCUCACCGACUUCAAGUACUAGGAGAAUCCCAAUCAGAAGAAAAAAGCUGCCAUUUUCUGAAAAUAUCACCAACUCCUAUGAUACUAGCCUACAUUCAGAUGAAAAAGUAAAGGAAACAAAUACUACUAAAGAAUCGGCUUCUUUAACUCCUCGACGUAAUCCUCCUCUGUCUGAAAGGCAACAGAUUGCUCUUAUUUGUCGCCUUAGUGGUACUUCUUCUGCUGAAUCCAGUCCAGUAGUUGAAGAUAAAACACUUGCUUUGAAGCGAAAUGAACGAGGUGAAACACCUCUGCAUCUAGCUGCUAUAAAAGGGGAUGUUGAAAAAAUUAAGAAGCUUCUCAAACAAGGUGUAAAAGUAGAUAUUGUUGACAAUGCAGGAUGGACAGCUCUUCAUGAAGCUUGCAAUUAUGGAUGGUAUGAUAUUGCAAAAUUGUUAAUCGAAUAUGGUGCAAAUGUGAAUGCUAUUGGAUUUCAAAACUAUACUGCAUUGCAUGAUGCAGCAACAAACAAACAUGUAAAAAUCGUAAAUCUUUUAUUGGAAAAUGGUGCUAACCUUCAUGAGAAAAAUGCUGAUGGGAGAACACCUGUUGAUGUUGCUGGAUCAGAAGAGAUUAGGAAAAUUUUGAAUGAUGCAUUAGAUUCUGAGAAACAAAAGAGCUUAAAAGAAGACUCUCCACCUGAAAACGACCCCCUCGGAGCUACUGAGGUUGUGGAAGAACGGCAGAGCGGAAAGUCACCCUGCCAGUCUAUCUCAGCUUUAUGUGAACUUACCAUGAGAAAAAAUUCACCUCAAAAUCAAACACAUAAAGGUGCAGAUAAACCCACCUCCCCAAGAUUGACUCUUCGAUUUCAGUCUAUUCGAACGAGGGAUGACAAAAGUUCAAGCAGUGCCAAGGUUAAUGACAUUAGUUCUCUUCAACCUAAAUACCAAUCUUAUUGCGUUACAAUGGAAACAAAGGGUGAUGUAUAUGACUUCCGCAAAGAUGAUGCCACAGUUUCGUCUACUCAAUGUGUCACGUCCACUUCUGAUGGUGAGGGAAUUGGAAGCAAGUGUGAAGCAGUGAGUAGCACAUGUAAAGAGGUAGAGGAGUGUGAAAAGGAAAAAAAAGUAGAAGAAACAUUGGACUCUGAUAAAGCUAUUUCUGUUGAAAAAAUGGAUACUUCAGACAGUGGUGCAUCCAAAGUAAAUGGUGGCCGACUGAGCAUUGAUUUUAAUUCCAAGGAUCGUGACUGUACCAGCGAUGCUGAAAAAGAAAAGGAAGAAGUUCGACGUAAAAGAAGAAAAAGUAGUGAUAGUUCUCAAAGCAAGCAUAAUUCUAGUAAAGGUCAUAAAUCUCCUACGAGUAAAAAUUCUCAAGAUGCCCAUAAUGAUCAGCGAAGUCCAAAAAUUCGCAAACGUGGUAGCCAGUCUAGUUCAGACACUGAAAGCAAUCCUAGUGAUGCAGAGACUCAUUCUAAUGAAAUGAAUGUUGACACAACUAAUGCCUUCAAUGGCUCAUCAGCGGUUGGUCCUCAUUCACCUAAAGUUCCUCCCUUAAAAAUUGUCAUUCCUUCAGGUUCUGGCGCUUUAGAGCUGGAAACCCGGGAAAGAAGUAAGGUAUCAUCUUCCAAACAGGCCUUGCCAUAUGUUGUAAAUACUACCACUGCUGAUACAAUGGACACAAGUGGGGAACCAGUCAGUACUGGUGAAAGUGGCCGUGAAGCCAUCAAGUCAGAAACUCCUGGUAAAUCAAAAGAUGACUCGCAUCCUCCUGAAGAGAGGUUCCAGCGAGUAACUCGUAGUAGUCAGCGUAUGCAACAGGCAAUGUCUAGUAGUACUUCCAAUCAGUGUCAUAGUUCUGAAUCAUCAACUAAUUCUAAUGUAGUGUCUUCUAGUAAUCAGAAGGUAGAAGGUUCCGGAGAAAGUUCAAAUGAUGAGCAAAUGCAAAUACAAAUUGAUGUUCAUCCUAGAAAAAGGAAACUGCGUCAAAGAGAGACUGGGAAUGAGAGCAAUUCUCAGAACCCAUCUUCUGCCUCAUCAAGUAAUGAGGAUUCUCAGCAACAACAUCAACAACUGAACUCUUAUCAAAUGUACUUAAAUAUAAGGAAACAAGUUGAUAAAAGAAGAAAAGGAAUGUUUAUAGUUCAUCCUAAACCUCCUCAAGGAUUUAAAAAUUAUUUACUGCACAGGUGCUCUUAUGUAUUGGAAGGAAAUGCUGCUAGUCGCUUGUCUGUGCCUAUGAUAUCUGCACCACAAUCUUUGGAGGGUGCUAUUAAGGAAUUGUUUAUUAGCCAAGAAAAGGAGCGAUAUAGGUUGAGGUUGCAGCAUUUAAUUGAAAGGGAGAAACUGGUAUUGUCUGCAGAGCAAGAAAUUUUGAGAGUUCAUGGUCGUGCAGCUCGUGCAAUGGCGAAUCAAACAGUUCCUCUCUCUGUGUGCAGUGUUCUAAAAGAUGAAGAAAUUUACAAUGUUCUUGAUGUGGAUCAGGAAGAAAAAGACAAAAAUGUCAGAUCUCGAUAUAAUGGCCGCCUUUUCUUGUCUUGGCUGCAAGAUGUGGAUGAUAAAUGGAAGAAAAUAAAAGAUGCCAUGUUGCUUCGUCAUCACAAUGAAGCUGAAUCGUUACAUGCAGUUCAGAAAUUAGCAUGGGGAUGGAAGAUGAAAGAAUUGGCCAUGUGUGAUAUGAAAAGUUCUCCUGUCAUAGAUGAUAUUUUUGUUCCCAUGGUACAUGUCAGUGAUGACUUCAAACUCUUACCCUCUGCAUGUCAAUAAGGACUUUUUUUUUAA